CGCACGCACGCACGCACGGCGCUCUCUUCCGGCCGCGGCGGCCUCCGCGCCGGCCUGACGGGACCUAGCGCUCGGCGUCUGUGAGCGACAUGCAGCGCUGACGAGCGGCGGACGCUCCGCGGCGGCGCCAUGAACCUCCUCCCGUGUAACCCCCACGGCAACGGGCUGCUGUACGCCGGCUUCAACCAGGACCACGGAUGCUUUGCAUGUGGGAUGGAAAAUGGAUUCCGAGUCUAUAACACCGAUCCGCUAAAAGAAAAAGAGAAACAAGAAUUUCUGGAAGGAGGAGUUGGCCAUGUUGAGAUGUUAUUCCGCUGCAACUAUUUAGCUUUGGUUGGUGGUGGGAAAAAGCCAAAAUAUCCUCCCAACAAAGUGAUGAUCUGGGAUGACCUGAAAAAGAAGACUGUUAUCGAAAUAGAAUUUUCCACAGAAGUCAAGGCAGUCAAAUUGCGGCGAGAUAGAAUUGUGGUUGUUUUGGACUCCAUGAUUAAGGUGUUCACAUUCACGCACAAUCCCCAUCAGUUGCACGUCUUUGAAACCUGCUAUAACCCUAAAGGCCUCUGUGUCCUGUGCCCCAACAGCAACAACUCCCUGCUGGCCUUUCCGGGCACGCACACGGGGCACGUGCAGCUCGUGGACUUGGCCAGCACCGAAAAGCCGCCCGUGGACAUUCCUGCCCACGAGGGCGUCCUCAGCUGCAUUGCUCUCAACCUGCAGGGAACAAGAAUCGCAACCGCAUCGGAAAAAGGGACCCUUAUAAGAAUAUUUGAUACUUCAUCAGGGCAUUUAAUCCAGGAGCUGCGGAGAGGAUCGCAGGCGGCGAACAUUUACUGCAUUAACUUCAAUCAGGACGCAUCCCUCAUCUGCGUGUCCAGCGAUCACGGCACAGUGCACAUUUUUGCUGCUGAAGAUCCAAAAAGGAAUAAACAGUCUAGUUUGGCGUCAGCCAGUUUCCUUCCAAAAUACUUCAGUUCCAAGUGGAGUUUUUCCAAGUUUCAGGUCCCCUCAGGCUCUCCAUGCAUUUGUGCCUUUGGAACAGAGCCAAAUGCUGUCAUUGCGAUUUGUGCAGACGGCAGCUACUACAAAUUCCUGUUCAACCCCAAAGGGGAGUGCAUCCGCGACGUCUACGCCCAGUUUCUAGAGAUGACCGACGACAAGCUGUGAGUCCCCAGCCGCAGUGCAGCCCACGCCCACGCCAAGUGCUGCGUGCCCCUUGGGCUCCUGGGACCUCGUGGGUGACGGGCUGGAGGGACCGCCCGGGACCUGGGUCUGGAAGCCACACGCAGCUGUCCCUUCUCCUGAGCAAGGCUUCUCGUUUCCAGACACUCAUGCGGCUGAGCAGCUCUCACACGGCUGCUGGCUGGUUACCCUCAGUCCCCCGGGGACGCUCGCUUUAGCGGUUCCUCUGCUUCUCGCACCUACAGCUGGGGCCCAUACACACCUUGGGACUGGGUUGAGAAAGGAUGGACAAAUCGAGAUUUGUUUUUGGCACCAAAUUCCAUCAUUUUUACUGCGUCUCGGGGGGGGGGGAAUGAACAAGUGUGUAAACGUUAGUUCUUACAGAGCAUAACCAGAUUUAAACAGAACAAUACCAGCAGCUUGCCUUAGAAAAGGGACAGCACUUUUUCUCCCACCCGAACGUGGACACACAGCUGUCCCCUGAGCCCCGCAUUGUCCUUGCCACUGCCCGCUGUGAACCCGUGCUCUGGCGGUGUGUGCACGUGCUGGCAUCCGUCUCUGCUGGAACCCAGGGCCCCCAUGCGGAGGGCACUGUGUGCGUCACAUGCGGUCCAGCUGGUCCCUGUUCUGUGCAGGGGACAGCAAAGCAGACUCCACAGAUGGUCCUGGAAGGAAGCGCCAUGUGCUAGAGGACGUGGAGGGGCCUUGUGACACCUCAACGGGCAGAGCCUUUGCCCGCCGGCCCCCUGCCCCUGCCUGCCGUCUCCUCCCCCCCGACAUUUAUGAGAACAGCUGCACACUAAGUUCUGGAGAGGGGCAGGCACAGAGCGUUUCCUUCACAUUUGGUAACUAAACGGCUUCGGGGCUCUCUGUUGUUAGUCCUCCUUGAGGUGUGUGUUUAAUUUCCUUAAAUGCCCUUUAAGAAACCUGAUUUUAUGGUUUGAUUUCAGGUUGCAAACACUUAAAAUCAGCAGCAAGUCCUCCGUUUGCCAGUUCUUUUACUGUCAUGUAAUCAACUAACUUUGUAUGUGGGUUUCAAUGUAAAGUAUGCAUGUUACUUUUAUGUGUAUUUAAUCAUGAAAUUUAAUUUUGCACACUUAUUUUUAAUGUUUCUUUUAAAUAAAAGUGACUAAUUUUGUUGUACUCUG